AUGGAACUUAUUAAAUCAAACAAGGGAAAUCAUAAAAUUGCACUAAAUGGGUAUACUUUUUCGAUAAAAAAGAUAUGCCAACGUAUAAUCCAAUGGAAAUGUUCCGAAAAAUCGUCGAUGAAAUGUACAGCAAUGUUAAUUACUAAUUUGAAAGUGAAAAAAAUCAUACGAUUUGAAGAAGAACACUGUCAUGGUGCUAAUAAAGGUGCGAUAGGGGCAAUGAAAAUAAAACAAACGAUAAAGGAAUGUUCAAUUCAGACUUGCAACAAUCCAACCAAUCCAGGACAAAUUUUUGCUCAAGCUGUACUAAAUGUACCAAAAGAGAUAUUAAUUACCAUCCGAAGAUUCAAUAAAAAGAAGUAG